AUGACAAUUUUUAUCUACGCUACUACUCCGGACACAACGGGCGGUUUGGACAUGAAAUUCGAUUUCCGUCCUCUUGAUGGGGGAAGUGCCUCUGUACGAUAUGCGAACAAUUCUAACUAUCGCAAUGACUCCAUGAUCCGCAAAGAAAUGUGUGUGAGCGCCGCCAUGGUCCAAGAGAUCAAGAACAUCAUCAAGGACAGCGAAAUUAUGAAGGAGGAUGAUUCAAAUUGGCCGCAGAAGAAUAAGGACGGGCGCCAGGAAUUGGAAAUCCGACUGAAUGGCGAACAUAUUGACUUCGAGACUGCGAAGAUCGGCUCUUUGAUGGAUGUGACCGAAUCCUCGGAUCCCGAGGGACUUCGAGUCUUUUACUACCUUGUGCAAGACCUGAAGGCUCUUGUGUUUUCACUUAUCUCUCUUCAUUUUAAGAUCAAGCCGAUCUAA